AUAGCCUCAUCCCUCCUGCUGUGGGCUCCAAGCAGGCUGCAGGAUAGCAUCGUGUUCCUCUGCACCAAAAGGAAAGGAAGGGUCCUGACUUGCCUCCAGCACUGGGAAGUUUGGCUGGAACGGAAAAUGUCCAGGACUGGACCAAAGGUCACCUUCUACGAAGACAAGAAUUUCCUGGGUCGUCGUUAUGAGUGCGACGCUGACUGCCCUGAUUUCCACACCUACCUGAACCGCUGCAACUCCAUCCGGGUGGAGGGAGGCACCUGGGUGGCCUACGAGAGGCCCAACUAUUCGGGGAACAUGUAUGUGUUGAGGCGGGGGGAAUAUCCUGACUACCACCACUGGAUGGGCCUCAAUGACCGCCUUGGAUCCUGCAAAGCUGUCCACAUUCCAAGUGGAGCCCAGGGCCACAUCCAAGUGUUUGAGAAGGGGGAUUUCGGUGGGCAGAUGUUUGAAGCCACUGAAGACUGUCCUUCCAUCCUGGAGGAGUGCCACUUUCGUGAGGUCCAUGCCUGCCGGGUGCUGGAGGGCAUCUGGGUGUUUUAUGAGCACCCCAACUACCGGGGCAGGCAGUACCUGCUGCCCAAGGGCGAGUACCGGCAGCCAGUGGAAUGGGGGGCAGUGACCCCUGCUGUCCAGUCCUUCCGCAGCAUUGCUGAGUGAAUGGUGGGGAGCUGGGCCCCCAAUAAAGCACUUGAGUCACUCAGAAGCUCUGUCCUGCUUUUUCCCCAUGUGUGAACCCGUUGGCCAGGUGCUUUCUUUGGGCAGAGCAGUCUCCACCAGCUCCCAGUGCCUCCAGUUCUGGCAGUGGGACUGCAGUGGGCAGAGACUCUGGAACAUGGGGGUUCCUGGGCAUCCUGGCUGUAUUAGGAUGCCACUGGGUGUGGGACAAGGGGGGUAGCCACCAAAAAUAGGGAAGUUAGAAUAGGAUGAAGAGGUUUCACGUGGACAGAGAUAGUGAACAUCUCUCAGAAUUACCCUGAGAUUGCUGCUGAAUGUUCCCAAAGAGCAGCAGAGGAUAGGAAGGAGUCAGUUCCCAGGCCCUGGAGACAUGCACUGAGCAGAAGGGGCCACCAGGCUCCCAGUCAUCCCAGUUUGGAACAUCUGCUUUGCCCUGUGCCACUAGAUGUCAGGCUGGUUGUGCCCAUGCAGGAAGCAGUGAUGCAAGGCACUCCUUGUGGGGACUCCAGCCUGUUUGCAUGUGGAGCAGAGGGACCCUGGGCUAAUGAUGGCAGUGGAAGCAGAGCCCUUGCAGCCAUGCUCCCUAGUCUCCUUGGUUGAUGUAUGAGGUUAUUACAGAGCAGGGAGGCAGGCAAAGUGAUGUUUGUCAACCUGCAGCCCCUGGGAGCACAGCUCCCUGCAAAGGGCGAUGUGUGUCCGCAUCCUCCUCCAGUCCCCCCCCUUUGCUCUCUCUGUCAUGUCUCUCCUUUCCUCUGAGGUUUAAUUCUGUCUCCUUAGACACUCCAGCAUUACCCAACUCUUAGCAUUUGGGGUUGGUGCACAAGCAAUCCUCCAGCACCUUGAUCAGCUUCCAGCAAAGCUCUCUGGGAUCCUCUCUGGGAGACCUAAAGGGCACCAGCUUGAGCAUGGCAUGAAUGUUGGGUUUCGUUGUUGCCUUUCCCAUUUCUACAUGGCAGAUUCCUGCAGGUGGGAUAGCAGUUAGUGAGUUUGGGCACUGCAAUUCCUGCUGCACCCCCACGUUGGGGCACCAGGCUCUGCUUCACCCCUACGGUCAUGUUACCUCCCUGCGUCCUUCCUGUGCAUCACGUAAAUGCAAUUAUCCCAUCUCUUCCCCUCCCCACCUUCCUGCCCUCUGGUAAAUUCCACAUUGUACCCUGAAUGCUGGCAACCAAGGCGAACAACAGUAAAAUAUGCUAGUUGUGUAGGUUUUAUUUUAUUUUAUUAUUAUUCCUGAUUACUUUUUCCACUGGGGGCUCCCUCGUUGCGGGUGACUCCAAACAGCAGGAGCGCAGGCCAUCCAGCCCAGCCCGCUUGACGGCUAAUUUCCAUUUUUCAGUAUCAGGGGGUCUGCUCCGGUAAUUGGCAUGCAGAUUGAGUCUGAUGGGCCUGUUCCAUAUGAGAAAAGGCUUCGCUCGUUAGAAUAAGCCAACCCCAGGCUGAUGGAUGGGGCAGAAGGAGGUCAUUGCGAAAGAGAAUACAGCGAUAUGUGUGCACAAGAUGGGAAAUUUCUCCC